UAUUUGCCAAUUAGAUAUUUAGAUUUGAAGCCAUUCUCAUUUUUUAAAAAUAAGUUUAUCAAAAAAAAGAAAAAAAAUUAUUUUGAAAUCAUAAUUUUUAAAAAAAAUUACAACUAAAGCCAUCUAUUGGAAGCAUUUGACUUUAGCUGCUCAUUUCCUUUUUCCGAUGUUUAUUUACUCAUGAAUUUUUUUAUUUUCAUUUUUUUCGAUCGUAAUUUGUUUUUUGUAUUUAAUUCUCUUAAAUUUGGUUAAAUCAUGUAUCCCGUGAAUAAAGAUUGUCAUGUUGAAUAUUAUUCGCACGAAACAAACCAUUUCAACGUUGAUAAGUUUAAAAUUGACGAAUUAUCAUCAUUACAAUCCAUUAGAUUUGAUAUUAGAAAUGAAUCAAUCGAUAAAUUCCAAUUUGAUGUUCGAAUGAUAACCAAUGAAAUCCAUUCAAUGUUAGUAGGAGAAGCAAAACUAUUUCCAAAGUUUUUGCCUGAGUCGAUCAUUAAAGACAUAAUCAAAAAAAUUAGCAACAUAGAUGACAAUUUCCGUAAAAGAUUUGCCAUCCACCAGACAAAUCUGGAAAAAAUGGCAUCGCCAAAAUCAAAAUCAAAAACUUUUGAUGUAAGUAAAGACCUUAGUAUGACAGUGUAA